AUGAGAGGCAAAGGUGAGAAGUGCCUCAUAUUUCUCAACCAGCAUAACACUGAUCUGGCCUUACGUGUCGUGAACAAGGAGCUAACCGCCUUCGUGUUUCCUCUGGUGGCUGCCAGUCACAUGGUUGUUGCCCAGAGCCAGGUUCUGGGGCUGCUGGUAUGGACACUUAUCGCCGGAACUGAGUACUUCCGGGUCCCAGCAUUUGGCUGGGUCAUGUUUGUAGCUGUAUUUUACUGGGUCCUCACCGUCUUCUUCCUCAUUAUCUACAUAACCAUGACCUACACCAGGAUUCCUCAGGUGCCCUGGACAACAGUGGGCCUGUGCUUUAACAGCAGCGCCUUCGUCCUGUACCUCUCUGCUGCUGUAGUCGACGCGUCUUCCGUCUCCCCUGAGAGGGACAGUCACAACUUCAACAGCUGGGCGGCCUCCUCGUUCUUUGCCUUCCUGGUCACCAUCUGCUACGCUGGAAAUACAUAUUUCAGUUUUAUAGCAUGGAGAUCCAGGACCGUGCAGUGAUUUAUCAUUUUGAUAAUUAAACAGGAAAAAAAAGGAAGAAUCCCACUGUAAAAACAGCUGAAGGUAUAAUGUAUAUUCCCAGAGAAUUGUAUUUAACUAAUGUUUUUUAUAUACUUAAAUUUGCUUACAAAUUAUGGUUUGUUACAAUCAAACUGGAUACUUAUUUGCAAAGUGUUGUAGCUUAUACUGAACUCAAGUAUCUUAUUAAUGUUUUCAUAGAUCCUAUUUUCUUAGACAAUGUUUAAAUAGAUAAAUUGCUAAUAUUGAGAAUGUAUCAAGUUUGUAAACCUAACUUUUAAGAUGCCAGAUUCUUUUUGGAUUAAAUAUUGCAAAAUCCCAA